AUGUUUCUCAUCCCUCUCUUCCUUCCCGCGAUUUCUGCCCUCUUCUUAAGUCCUCAGCCGGGUGUUGUGCUUGAUGCGCUUUGGCAGAUUUACAAAGGCUGCGAUUUGCGGCGGUACAUGCCGGAGAACGCGACUGGGGCAAGGAUUUACUCUAGGGAGCUUGAUCCGUUGGCGAUCAACAACCUGUAUGUUGUUGAGUAUGAGGUGGACUUUGUGAGUGGAAUUAAUAAGACCAUUUCGAGGUAAGUGAGGGCUGAGUCACAAGUUUCUUUAAACUUUUUUUUCGCAGGCUGCAGAAUGAAAAUGAAAACAAAAUUCCGAUUUUUUUAGAAAAUUCUUGAUGAAGACAUAUAGAGCAGAUGGGAUCUGGAGCCGGGAUAUGAGCAAAGUGGGACUUAUUGUGCACACAAACAAUGAGUAAGUUGGAAAUUAUUUUUUUAUUUUUUAUAUUUUUUUAUUUUUUUUAUUUAUUUUUUUUUUCUUAUUUUUUAUAUUUAUUAUUUUUUUUAUUGUUUAUAUUUCUUAUUUUUUAUUUUUUUCUAUUUAUAUUAUUUUUUUAUUUAUUUAUUUUUUAUUUUUUAUAUUUCUUAUUUUUUAUUGUUUAUAUUUCUUAUUUUUUUAUUUUUUUCUAUUUAUAUUUAUUAUUUUUUUAAUAAUUUUAUUUUAUUUAUAUUAUUUUAUUUUUUUGUAUUUCAUUUUUUUUAUUUUUUAUUUAAUUUCAGACAUCAUUUUGUCUGGUCUAACGAUCUAACCCGCACGUUAAAGUUGGAAAACCCACCACCCGGCGAUUUAACUGGAUUUGAGUUAAAGGGCAAAAUUUACGCGAUAUUACAAGGUGGAGGAAGGUCAAAGUUUGGUCGUUGGAACUCUAAUUUGACUGGAGGCGUCGAGUAUUUUCCCGGGAAAGAAGAAGAAGGAUUCUUUGAACUUUAUGAGCCAAAAGGUUAUAUUUAUUAUUUGAAUUCGAACUGUAAACAGUUCCCUAAAUAUUGGAGUAUGGUGAGUUUUAUAGGAAAAACAAUUUUUUGGGGCUAAAAUUGAAAAAAAAUUUUUUUUGAAAAAUAAAAUUUUUUUUUAUUUUUUCAAGUUUUACCAAAAAUCAAUAUAUUCUUCAAAAAACGUGUGUUUUAGUCGUUUCUCUACGAAAUGCCUGACUGCGAAGACGGAGAAGGAAUUUUUAAUCGAAGCAAGCUUGGUGUAUUUAACAGUAUGGUAAGUCUCGUUAUCACUCAAAUAAUAAACUUCCUUUUUCUGGCCCGGCGCUUCGCAGCUUGCGCCCUGGUUUCCCUGCAGACUGCGAAUAAAAGGAGGAAACAGCCUAAGCGCUAAAACUAACAGGGGAAGUACACCAAGUGCGACGCUCAGAUUUUGAUGAAACUUGGCACAAAUUUAGAAUAAUUUUUUCAAAGAUAUAUGCGAGAAUCCUGGCUCGCGCUUUGCAGAAACAACCGAGAUUUUUAGAUCGAAAGUCGGCCUAAAUUUUGGACUUUUUGUCGAAUUUCGGCACGAAAAGUUUCAUGCCUAUUUCUACCGUAAAGGAUAAUGUUUCUAUAAAAAAAUCAAAUUUUUCCGCACGAAACUGCCAAAGUUAUGGCCAAAAAGCGUUUUUCUCUUUGACCGCUCUCCACGUUUAGCGUGCUCUCUCGGCGGCAAAAAUCGUUCGAUAUCUCGGCGGCGCCUGCAAAGCGCGAGUUAAAACUUUCAGGAAUUGAUAUUUAGUCUAUUCCCGACGUGUGUGCAAAAUUUAAAGAAAAUCUGAGCGUCGCACUUGGGGUACUUCCCUUGUAAGCUUAACUAAGCCUAACCUGCCUACGCCUGAUAUUCCAUCCAACCGGAAUUGUUCGGGCGCAAGCUGCAAAACCUUCUUUUCGCUGGGGCCAGAAAAAGGAAGUUUCACUCAAAUAAUGUGUCCGAAACAAUUUUCUUCAGUCCAUAUUCGCAUAUCUGACAAGGAAGUGCUCCGAUCAAACCUAUAGCAACUACUGGAGCCAUGCCUAUGCGAAGAUUCAGUUUUUUUCGCGGCCUAUUGCAAAUACGACCACGGUGAGUUUUGUGAAAUCCGCACUGUGCAAAGAAGUGGGAUUUUGAAAAUCGAGAUUUUUCGCCAGAAUUCACUGUGCAUUUGACCUUUUGCACUGCAAUAAAAAAAAAUUUCAAAAAAUCAAACAUUCAAAUUUGUUAUAAAUUUUAUUUUCAGGCUCUUGUAAUUACAACGACCACCAUUCCAACGUCCACUACACAACCCUCAACUGUAAUGAGGGAAUUAACUGUGAGUUUGUGGCAUGACUCAAAAAAAGCGACAAGAAAUUUUUGAUUUUUGAAGCCCGCACAGUGCGGAGUUUGCAGCCGAACGCACUGUGCAAAAAAAAAAGAAAAUUCUUUUGCACUGUGGACGGUGCGAAAUUAUUUUUCCAUUUUUUGCACAGUGCAAUUUUUAGCGAUAUUUUUUUAAUGUGCGACAGAAUUUUUUUGACUGCACAGUGCAGUAAACAUAAAAAAAUCGAAUCUUUUUUUUUUAAAUCAAAUUUUUGCGGUAAUUUUAGGUUUUUUUUCAGACCACUGAAACAACAACAACAACAACCAUCACGACUAUGACUAACACUGAAACAUCUAUUACAGAAGCUAGGUAAUUUUACUGAAGCGCAAGAUUUUUUAUUUUUUUUUUAUUUUUACCGGCAAUGAUACGGAAGGUUCAAAUUAUGAACAGCUGUAUAAUUGCAAUUUUCAUAUCAACAUAGCAAGCGGAAUUAAAAAAAGAAAGUUUGGAAAAAAUUUCUUUAUUUUGGCCACAACAAAUCUACUCCGUGAACUGCGCCCAAGCUUUUGCACUAAGGUUAGGAAAAAACGCUUCUACCUAGCUGGCACUGAAUUACUAUAAUAGCUCUGUAGUUUUAAGGGUACCUACGAAGGCUAUGACGACUCAUUUAGUUCCAUACGGAGGCAAUAAGUUUAGUUCCGGACAUGUUUCAUCGUAUAAAGUGUGAAAUCGCAGGCUGCAGCCGUUUUUGAGGGGUAAGGUGGCACGUAAAAAAGAAGGCACCUUACUAACUAAAUCCACUGUCCGGGCAUUGACAACGAUGAAUUGAGCGUGCACGCUAAAUUUGGGUUAAUUCCUACCAGUUUCCGCGAAGUUAUAAGUUGUGGCCAAAAUAAGGAGCUUUUACCGAAAGUUUUCUGCAAAAGGUGAGCUAAAAAUUUUGAAUAUAUCUUGCAAAAAAUGGUGUAAAUGUGUCCUAAAUUUGAUUAAUAUCUCAUCAAACUUUUUCCUACAAAAUAAGAUCCUCUAUUUUUAGCUCUGAAGAAUUGGUGACGUCAUCGAACAGCUCAAUUAUCUACAUGAUUAUCAUCUCGAUUCUCGGCGUUCUUUGCAUUCUCGCCAUUAUUUUUGCUGCAGUUUAA